AUGUUCACGGUGUGGUUAGCGUCUCAUGGAGUAACAGCACUAAAGAAGCCAGGUGGUACAAUAACCUACGGGGGUGUGGAUGAUGACAAUUGCGGAGCCGUGAUUGGCUAUACCAAUUUGACAGAUCCACAAUUCUACCAAUUCAAGCCAUGGGAAGUCGCUAUUUAUCAAGCGCUUUAUCCGUAUUGCACGUUUUCGGAUGGCAUACCUUAUACUCGAUCUCUCUCGAACUCCCGCGACAUCAAACCGUCAGAAGGACUGCAACCUGGUACCAAGCAGCCUCACCUACAUACAUAG